CUGCAUUAUUUCUUCUAACUAGCUAGGUAUUAACUUACUCUUCACGGCAAACUAAAUUUACCCCUACUUUUGGCUCCGUACUACAGUACCUCUUCUUCCCUCUUUCAUUUUCUAACUCUUCCUAAUUCCUACUACCGUACUCUUCCUCCUCCUCCCCUCAUCCCCCCCCUCUCCUCUUUUUUGUUCUUUCCCUUUCCUUUCAUUUAAGGUCCCUGAAAACCAUACUUCCUUCGUCUCUAUCUUCUACUCGAUUCCCCAGCGAAGGUCUUCUAAUCCUUGUGGACGGUUGUUACUGUCGAGAGCCACCAUCUCUCUCUGUCUCCGUUCACCAUUCCCCUGUGGCGAUCAGCAAACAAUUAUGGAUAUCGCCCUCGAAAUUUGGGACACCUUCAUUGGUGAUCGCCUCUACUCCUCCCUCCUCCCUCUGUCGCUCUCGUCCUCUGUCUCAAUUCCAGGGCUUAACACGGCUGCCAAUAGCACACUGUCUCUUUUCGGUGCAUCCGAACCCUACGUCUAUGAACCGGCCACGCAGCUGUUCUCUCUGGAGCCCAGUAAAUACGCCUACCUGAGCGCUUGGCCGAGGAACAACAUCUAUCGUCAGUUUCUCAGCUUUUUUCUGAUCGUCUGGAUCUUUGGUCUGAUUGUCUACUUCAUUUGUGCCACACUCUCGUAUAUCUUCAUUUGGGACAAGACUACUGUUCGCCACCCCAAGUUUCUCAAGAAUCAAAUCCCCAUGGAAAUCGCGCAAACAAUGCAAUCGAUGCCGGUCAUGUCACUGUUGACGGCUCCCUUUUUAGUCGCUGAAGUCCGUGGCUACGCCAAACUCUACGAUACUUUUGAUGAGGAGCCUUUCCCCUACUACAGCGUCCUGCAAUUCCCACUAUUCAUUGCCUUUACGGAUCUUUGCAUCUACUGGAUUCACCGUGGCUUGCACCAUCCCUUAAUUUACAAGACACUACACAAGCCUCACCACAAGUGGAUCAUGCCCAGUCCCUUCGCAUCCCACGCCUUUCACCCGCUUGAUGGCUGGUCCCAGAGCGUUCCCUAUCACGUCUUCCCCUUCAUCUUUCCCCUUCAGAAACUUGCAUACGUCUUCCUUUUCGGGUUCAUUAAUCUCUGGACUGUACUUAUUCAUGAUGGUGAAUACGUGGCCAACAGCCCAGUCGUCAACGGGGCCGCCUGCCAUACAAUGCAUCAUCUCUACUUCAACUAUAACUACGGUCAAUUCACUACUCUGUGGGAUCGUCUGGGUGGCAGCUACCGGAAGCCAAACGAGGAGCUCUUCCGCCGCGAGACCAAAAAUGACCAGGAAGAAUGGAAGCGGCAAACGAAAGAGAUGGAGACCAUUCUCCAGACGGUCGAAGGCGAGGAUGAUCGGAGCUACUUGGCCGACGGAGAGACCAAGAAAAGACUGUAACACAAGAAUCAUCUAUGUGUCUCCAAGCUCGCCCAUCACAAUCAAUACAGGGACCCCAAAUCAGCCUGUCGGUUUUAGAUUUCGUCCUGGCUCUUCCAACCCCCCCCUUUGGAAUGAUCCGAUACAUGCGCAGCC